UUAACAAAAACUUUUUUACCCGCUUGAAAAAACUGAACAGACGAAAAGCAAAACAGCCCCUUCUCUUUCCCUCUCUCCGUCUCUCCAGUUUCCUUUCUGAGCGCUCUCGCUCUCUCAAUCUCGAUUCGACCGCCGACCGGCUGUGCCUGUGCAGGCUGCAGCGGCAGCGGGCCAACAACCUCGGAAAGCGGCGGCUUUUCCUAUACACUCUGGUGGUGUUUUUGGGCGGUCCUCCUCCACGCCAAUAGGCAACAACAACUGAAUCCCUCUUCCUCCGUUCAUCUCCGUCCACCGGUGAGAGGUGCGGAGUGCGGGUGCCGGUGUUGGUGCAGCACAUCUUAAAAAAUUUAGGUCAAUGGCUGAAGAGAUUGAGCUGAGCCAAACGUCUAAGUCCUCCAGGAAGCGAAAGUUGCACCAGAAGACAAAACAGAGGCAUAACAAGUCUAGGGAUGAGAAAGAAAAACCACCAAAAGUUAAAGUUAAUAAAAAACUAAGAAAGCUUUACAAGAAACGUGCAGCUCAGUAUAACUCUGAUGAUGAUGAUGCUGAUGAUAACGUACCGGUACAGCCAGAAAGGAAUGAAAUGGAUAGGAUGUCUCUUUCUGAGCAGAAAGUUCAAUCAAUUGAGCAUUCUGAUGAUGAUGAUGAUGAUGGUGAUGAUAGCAACCAUAGUGAAAGGGAUGACAACUCUGAUUGCCAAGAUGAGAAUGAUGCAUCUUCUGAAGAUGAUAGGCAUGAUUCUCGCUCUGUUCUGAAAUUUUCUGAAGGUUCACAUGCAUUUCAGCGAGCUUUCUUGAAAAUCAUGCAGAAGAAUCAGUCAUCUGACUUACUGGGACCUGUCUUAUCAGGGCUUAAGAACUUGAUUGCGAAGAAGCUUUCUGAAGAAGAAGAAGAACAAAAGGUUAAGGUGGUAGCAAAGAAAGAAAGACAAUUGAUAGCUGAAAAAGGCCAUGUGAAGCCUGAGAAGUUCUUGGACUCAAGAGAAAAGUUUCUGGUCAGUGUUGCCACAAAAGGAGUUGUCAAGUUGUUCAAUGCUGUAAACAAGGCUCAGGUUGCUCACAAAAGCAUGAAUAACUCCAAAUCAAAAGAUGCAAGAGAAGCAAGCAAGCGAAGCAAAGAGACCUUCCUGACAGAGCUACGAAAUGCUUCCAUGCCGACCACGUACAAUCCGUCUGCAGUCGAUACUGUUACGGGAGGCAAAAAUCUACCUAAAGAAAAUGCCAGUGAGCCAGGAUGGGCCAUCCUUCGUGACAGUUAUAUGCUUACUAAUCCUAAGUUGAAAGAUUGGGACAAAAUGCAAGACACUGAAGCUGUGAAUGAACCUGAUAAAGUUCCACUUGCUAGCUCUUCUGAUGAGGAAUGAUCCCUUGGUUGAAAUACGAGGUAAAGCAGGACAAUGUAGGAUGGAUCACAAGAUUGUGUUUAAAAAUAGAACAAUCUCUGAGUCCACGAUCACACAUUACAUAGUCAUUUGACUGCGACUUUGGGAUGAAAUGACUCGUUCUUUGAAGGACUUUGUAGAGCCAAAAUUUUUUGUUUCUGUAAACCUGUUAAUGUCCUUCCAGAUAUGAUGGUAUAUGGGGUCAUUGCAUCCGAUUGUAUUACUAACUGCACAAAUUAUGGUCAUAAUUUGUAGACCAUCAUUGUAAAUCACAUCUAUAUGAGUCUUGCCUGCUUGUGGCAGACUUAUAGGGACUGGAGGAUUUUGAGAGCCUCAUGAAGCCACGGCAGAUGCGUGAUACCCUUCUUCUUUCAUGCUUCUAGACUGGUGCCUGCAUCCAAGAAUGGAAGUCUGCUUUCUCUCUCGAUGAAAACGAAUGUUGAUUUGGAAAUAUCACUCUUAAUUUUUAAGUAGUUAUAUUUUUGUAAGAUUUUGCUUAAUGAUAGUUCAUUACGCAAGUUUUGUUGCUACAAUCUUGUAGAUUUUAUGUGGUUAAUUAACAUUGAUUCGUGGACUUGAUGAGGACAA